UUCAUUAAGAAACUCGUAUUCGUCAAUUAUCGCGUUGAUCAACGAACAAGUACUGUCGUUGUUGAUACUUCGAUAUCGAUACCGUGUCUUACAGUACGCGGUUCCUUCCCUGUCGCUGCAACGGUCAGUGCUCGCCAGAGUCACGCGACUCGGCCGGCACGCCCAGCCACAGUCGUGGAUAACCUCGGCCAAAGUCCCCUCCCCGUGAAGAGGCUGCACGAAGCGCUUCAGAACGCGCAAGUGAAGCGACAGCGGCUCUCCCCCCCGUUCCCUGCUCCCCCGACCACCCUUCAUCCAAUUCACCAACUAGCCGUGCACCAACACAUCAAAGUGCAGCAAAGCAUUGUGCAACAAAGCAUCGUGCAACAACACCAAUUGAAUCUGGCCCAUCAGUCUUUGCAAAAUCUGCAGGCGCAGCAGAGCUUACAAGCUCAACAAAGCCUUCAGGCGGCGCAAAGCCUUCAAGCGGCUCAGAAUCUACAAGCGGUUCAAGGCCUGCAAGCUUCACAGAGUCCUGUCGGGCCAGGAGUAGGGGCACAGCAAACUCCAGGAGCAAACCAAGGCACGCUGGUGCCUCCACAGCAGUCAUCACCGCGGGCCGCAUCUCCGCAACACAAGAAUAUGGAGCUCGCUCUCUGCCAAAGCAUGGAUUCGGUCAAUACCGCCACCACUGAGGAAGAGGUGCGGACGUUGUUCGUGAGUGGUUUGCCCAUGGAUGCGAAGCCACGCGAGCUGUAUCUACUGUUUCGAGCAUAUGAGGGCUACGAAGGUUCCCUUCUGAAGGUUACAAGUAAGAACGGGAAGACGGCUUCGCCGGUUGGCUUCGUAACGUUCCACACUCGUGCCGGUGCCGAAGCGGCUAAGCAGGAUUUACAGCAGGGCGUCCGGUUCGACCCCGACAUGCCGCAAACGAUUCGGUUGGAGUUCGCUAAAAGCAACACGAAGGUCAGCAAGCCCAAGCCGGCAGUUGCCACAGCCGCGCCAGCCGCACACCCCGCAUUGAUGCACCCACUCACUGGACAUUUAGCGAGUCCGUUUUUCCCUGGCGGUGGAGCUGAGCUGUGGCACCACCCGCUGGCGUAUGGCGGUGAGCUGCCCGGACUCUCGCACGGCCUCGUGCAUCCCGCCAUCCACCCACAGAUGGCGCCCAGCCCGUUGACGCUGGGCGCGUGCGUGUUGCCGGCGCCGGCGCUGGGCUCGCCGGGCGCGCACCCCGCGCCCCCCGCGCACCCUGGCCACCCCGGACAUCCCGCACACCCCGCGCACUCCGCGCCUCCCUGCUCUACGCUAUUCGUGGCCAACUUAGGCCAAUUCGUCUCCGAGCAUGAAUUAAAAGAGAUAUUCAACAGCUGCCCGGGGUUUACGCGGCUGCGUCUGCUGACGGGCGGCGGCGGCGGCGCCACUGCCGGCCCGGUGGCUUUCGUGGACUUCGCUAGUCCGCCGGACGCGGCCGCCGCCCUGGCUCGCCUCCAAGGCGCUCUGCUACUCAGCUCCGAGGGGGCUAUACACCUCGAAUUCGCCAGGCAUAAGAUGGCACACAACGGCUGGAUUCUCGCACAUGAACAGGGAGCCAAAGGCGGAGAAGAGGGCGAACAGCAUUAAUUCGUUCGUGGCUCUCGGCACUUGACAACCAGCGAACUGAGGGCGCUAUCUUGAUCCUCUGAAUCGCAUCGAAACGACAGGAGACGGAGCGACCAACAACUAUUGCACCAUAUGUCGACAAUGCAACUAACGGAUCAAGAUUCACGACUCUGCGGCGACACUAUAAUCCAUACAUUUACUGAGAGCUCUGUCUCCGUUUUUUUUUUUUCAUUUAAAUACAGUGUCAAGGGUGUGGUGUUACUUUUAUACCAAAUGUAGAAUAUUUUUAAUUUUUAUUAACAUUCCAGAUUCAUUGAUGAAGUAUUUAAAUUUAUUGAUUUUCUAUAAUAAUGAAACAUGUUUACUUAUUUAAUAUUAUAUUCAUUUUAUCGUGUAAAAUAAGAUUUAUUUACAAUUUAUUGUAUGGUAAAAUUUGUAUAUUUGUUUUACAAGGCCGAUGUAUACAAUUGAGAGGAUUUGUUAUGAAUAUAGUGUAUUAUCAGAAAUGAAACAUUUUAGGAUAUAACACAUUCGAAUAAGCUAUAAACCAAAGGUGCCCUUCAUAGAAAGAUUACGUUUUGUUAAAUAAUAUUUCAAGUUUAAUAAUUUAAACAACGUUGUAAUUAUUAUGAUACUUUUGUUUAGCCUCAACGGUGUUAGCCCUAUUUAAAUGAAUUUCAAUACUAUUUCAAAUUAUAUUUAUCUAAUUUCUUAGUAAUUUUUUAUAAAGUUCAAUCACUCGUUAAAGCGCUGGCACUCUAGUGUUGGUCUUUAUUUGUGUCUGUUAGAGGUGUGCUAUACAAGACGAGUGCUUGUAGCGGUAAGCGGUAAUACCACGGGCCCCCAGUGCCGCUCGGGAGUGCAAUGCUUCGCUGAAUUGAUCGCGGACUCGCAUCCUGCCUCACGAAUACCUUCGCUAGUUUUACCCGACUUCUUUAGGUGUCACACCAAAAUUUCUUGUGCCUUGAAAGUUGAUCCUAAAUUUUUCGAUACUAUUCCAAAAUUGUGAUCGCCUUUAUUAUAUUAUUGUGUGUUAUCGGUUCGGGCAUAUUCCUUAGGCCGUUCUUCGUGAAUGCGUCCCCACAGACUCGACGUUGCUGUGUGAUGCGACACCAGCGAGACCGGUUCAGUCUUGUUGCGAGAAUUUAGCCUUGGCCUUAUCAAUGUUAAUAAUUUAAUGUAAUCAUCGUAUUGUAAUUAAUUAAUAGUUAGUAAUUUAUACGACGGCUCGCGCGUCGACGCUGAAUAGUGAAACAAAUAUUCUACUAUCUGCAUGCUUUGACGAGCUUUUUGGUAAUAAUCUAAUUUAAUAAUUUAGUAGCUACUACUUCUAUUGUGUAAUCGUUAGUGAUUAUUGUAAUGUUAGGUAAGGGUAUUUAUUGUAGAUGAUCAGCCUAGUUGCAAUACAUACAUACUUAUUUAAUAAAAGUUAUUCAAACGAUUUAGCGAAACAAUGUAAUGAAGUUUUUUAAUCUACUAAAGUUUUAGGAUAAUUCAGAUGGAUUUUAAUAUAUUUUUUAUUUUUAACUAGUUGACUAUCGCAUACUGUAUAGUUAGUUACCUAUUUGUUGUUGAGAAGUAACGACGUUGUAAGUACAGAACAGUUUGAAAUAGCAAUAAACCAAAAAAGAAAUCUUAAAAUAAUCGUAGGAAUCUUAGUGACGUAUUCUGCUGAAGUAAACAUUAAAAAUUUUACAAAAAAAAAUACUAAAAAAAAAAAACCCUGCUUAGGCUAAUGAUAGGUAAUUUCGGAUAUAUUUGGGUUAUUAUCUUGACGCGACCGAUAAAAUGAGGUACCAGAGAUACCGCAUGUGAAUUCUUAUGAAAAAUCUCUUAGUCAAUAUUAAAUAGAAAUUUCGUCAAUUUUUUGACUUAGCAAAAUUUUAUAUGUGUUUAUAGAGAUUAUAACUUUCAGAUUGUACCGAGCCUCGUGGCGUUUAGACCAAAGAAUUAAAGAUAUACUUACUACUUACAUUAUAAAUGCCUCAGACCGCACCAAACUUUGUUAUAAUUUUGUCAACGGAUUUACUUGCUAUGAUGGUUAAAGUUGUGAUUUUAAAUAACUAAUUUAACUUUUAUUCAGAAGUUUAACUAAACCUAUUGUUUUAAAUGAAAAGCACCUUGUUAUGAUAUCAUUAGCAAUAUUAACUUUUUAAAACUUCUUUUUUAUUAAAUCGAAUUUAUCGAAAUUAUCAUAUUCUCUUAUAUAUCCGCAAAUCACUGUCUGUUUUAAUGUUAAGCUAAGUCAAUGUUUACAUAAUUAAAUUUGGUAUAACGCUAAUUCGUAUGUAAGUAAAUAUAUAUUAAAUAAAGUAGUAGUGAUCUCCCACACCUUCGGCGUGCGGCGUUCUCGAUCUCUCAUAAUAUAUAAAAACAACGAAAACAUUUCUGUUGAUUUUCAAUUAUCAGUAGGUGGUUUUAGUACAUUGAAUUAAUAAAAUAUAAUUGCUUCUUUAAAAGAAUAUAAAAAAAUUACACAACAGUAACUGUAGCUUCUAGCUCUGCCAUCAAAUUACUAGCGUUUUUUUUAAAUCACGAAAAUUUUAUACUACGCCAUUUUCUCGUUUACUAUACAGUAAAAUGGCGUCAAACAAAAUGGCGAUGAAAAGCAAAGGGCGCGAGAACGCCGCCGCCGCCAUGAUUCCGUCCAACAACCGUAGAUAGCGAGUAAGAGACGUCCAGUGGCUGAGGACACGGCUACGUCACCUUUUGCGGGACUACUCGAUACAUAUCAUCGUGUAAUAUUUAAUGUGUAAUUUUAAAAGAGCGGUUUCAUAGAGACGUUUAUUCUGUAUUCUCGUCUAUUAAUUAUUAUAAUGCAUUCGGCUGUAUGUCACGCUAUAUAUCCAUAAUUUAUAUUUCAACGUUCUUUCUAUAAUUUUUGCUGUGUAUCAAACGUUCCCUCGUUAUUUACAUUCUCAGCUUGGUAUUUGUUUAAUUGCGCGUGUGCGAGAACGAUCGCUAACAAUAGCCACGAAACGGAUAUUUUCAUAACAUUUACUAUGAAGCCGAGUGGGAUGGUUCGGAAUGUCGUCGAAUGUAGUCGAAUGUAGACGCGUGACAUUGGCCCGCAUGUGAUAGGGUAGUGCGUAGGGCUGUAGCGACGCCUUGCAAGUUAGGUUAAGUGAAGCGGUAUCACACAAACACCGUGCAUCGGAAACAUAUCAAUUCUGUGCCCCUUAAUAAAUUAGUUAAAUUACUAUUUCUAAGAGAUACAAUAUGAAUAGAGAUAAUGAAACAAAAUAAUCGUUUGGAGUAUCAAAUACCUGCUAAGUGUUAUUUUCGUUCGGUAAUACGGAUAAAUGUUUGCCGAUUAGAAUAUAUUUGAAUGUGGUUCAAAAUGCAUCAUAGUACCCCGAGUAGCGUCGCGCAAGUUUCCACUUUUUUCACGGCUAUAGAUAAUGUCGUAUUUUUAUUUUCUAUUUUAUUUUUUCAUUCUUCGAAAUAUUAUGGCUUAAUUACCAAAUUAUGUUUAACAAUUCGCUUAGGAUUCAGUAUUAAAAUGACAUUGUUUUUAUUGUUCUGCGACAAAUUAGUAAGUUGCUGUAAACUUAUUUGUAUAUCGAGCAAAGUAAAUCAUACAAAAUAUGUAGUUAGUAAUUAAUUGUUAGAUUUGUGUGACUUGAAUUAUUGAAAUGCUUUUAGAGCAAACAUAAUGUGUUAUUGUGGUUUAAGAGAAACAUAAUGACAUUGUAAACAUAGUGAUAAAUUUAGCUUAAUUAUUACAACUUUUAUAGAUGUUCGUUCAUUUUCUUUUUCUAACUUCAUGAAGUAUAGUGGCAUGGAGACGUCAUUGUUAAUUCAAAUAAAUUUGAGCUCAUCCUCAAUGGAAGUUUUUAUUUGUAAACCCUUUCUACUGCAUACAUUUAUUUAAGAAAAGUCUCCACACAUUACUGUCAAAGAGUCGAGGAAGUGAAGUUUAUACAAGUUUUACAAAAAAACAUUCAUUCCCAGAAUUUUCAAUUCUACUGAACUUUAUUGGGUAAAUGGGAUGUCCCUUGUUAAAAUGUUAUAGUUAUUAAUAAAUAGGUAUGUAGUUUAGAUUCAAUUUAGUAAGUUUAAAAAUAAUAAUUGACAGUUCAGCUUUCCUGCUUUGUAGACUUUGCCUUACGUAUAUUUAUGUAAAACGAAUUCGUAAAAACUUAAAUUUUGAUGAAAAAUAAAUUAUUUCAAACAAUUUUUUGGACAAUAAAAUUUUCAAUUUGAAGGCAAAAAUAUUUGUUUUGUUUAGUUUUGUAUACAAUAUUUUUGUUUUUUAAUAUUAUUAAUCUAGUUUUACAUACAGUACGUAAAUAAAACUACUGAAAUUUCAUAAUUAUUUUAAAUUAAUCAUUAAUUUUAAUGCAGUGUUGUAAAAUGUUAUUAGUGUUAAUGCAUUAUAGGGUCCAAAGAUUGGAAUAAACGUGUAAUAUGUAAAA